GUUCAAUAUGGGAAGAGUGAGUGGUAUCAUUUCGUUUUUUGUUUGCACAUAUGUUUGCAUGGGUUUCUAUUUGCCUGGUUUGGCACCAGUCAAUUUUUGUGAACAGAAAGUCGCGAAACCAUCGUGUCCAAGUAACAUAACUCUUUACGUGAAUCGUUUGGAUAGCGAUCAAAGUGUCAUUCCAUUUGAAUAUCACAGUUUCGAUUUUUGUAUUGGCAGUGAAAAUGAAUCGCCAGUAGAGAAUCUCGGCCAAGUGUUGUUUGGAGAACGAAUUAGACCUAGCCCAUAUAAAAUAAGCUUCAAUGAACAAAUGCAGUGUAAACUGUUGUGUGAAAGAAAAUACAACGACAAUGAUCCAAAUGCGCAGAAAAAAAUGUGGUUGCUUCGGAAAGGAAUGAAAUUAAAUUAUCAACAUCACUGGAUAUUGGACAAUAUGCCGGUGACAUUCUGCUUUAUCAAUCAACAAAAUCAGAAUGUCUGUACAACAGGUUUCCCGAUGGGUUGUUACGUGACGAGUGAUGGUAGACCGAAAGAUGCAUGUGUUUUAGAUUCACGUUAUAGACAACCCGAUAGCUACUACAUCUUCAAUCACGUUGAUAUUCUGAUCGAAUAUCGCAACAUGAGUCAGGAUCCAAAUUUCUUGGAAGAACAUGUGGGGGGUCGAAUUAUUCGCAUCAAAGUACAACCACGAAGCAUCAAACAUAAAGCAAAAGAUAAACUUGAUUGUGGAAUCACUGCACAGCCAUUUCCUAUAAAGUCUAAUGAAAAACCUGACAAAAUUAUUUAUACAUACUCUGUUGUGUGGCAGACGACUCAAGUGAAAUGGUCUUCACGAUGGGAUUAUAUUCUAGAUUCAGUUCCACAUCCUAACAUCCAGUGGUUUUCGAUCCUGAAUUCACUUGUUAUCGUUUUGUUUCUUUCUGGAAUGGUGGGUAUGAUACUUCUUCGGACUCUACAUCGCGAUAUCAUUCGAUAUAAUCAGCUUGAUAAUGAGGAAGAUGCUCAAGAAGAGUUUGGUUGGAAAUUGGUUCAUGGUGAUGUAUUUCGUCCACCGCGAUAUGCUAUGUUUCUUUCUGUGUUUGUGGGGAGUGGAUGUCAAGUGCUCUUUAUGGUUGCCGUCACUCUUGGUAUAAGCAUAUCACUAUUAUCUUGCAUGAUUUCUUAA